AUGGCAACGAAGCAAGAUCAUCCGGACUCUAACCUCUUCCCACACGCAACAGGCCCUGCAAAAGCCAUCGUGGACAACCAUCAAGCGGAACAACCACUGAAGCUUUACUCGGGAUGGUUCUGUCCGUUUGUACAGCGAGCGUGGACUGUGUUGGAGGAGAAGAAGAUUCCGUAUCAGUACAUCGAAGUGAACCCCUACCACAAGCCAGAUAGCCUGCUCAAGCUAAACCCGCGAGGCCUAGUGCCGACCUUACAGUACGACAACAAGCCGCUGUAUGAGAGUACCGUCAUCUGUGAGUUCCUGGAAGACGCUUACCCGGACCAUGGACCACAUUUGCUUCCCGAGGACCCCCGGAUUAUCCCCGCCUUUCAUCGGUUCCUUCAGUAUCAGCCGAUGGAGGACAAGGAGGGUUUGAAGGAGGUCAGAGAAGACUUUCUAGGGAAGUUGAAAGAGCUCGCCGCGGAGAUGGAUCCUAAUGGUCCUUUCUUCUUGGGUUCGGAGCCGAGUUUGAUCGACUUCGUAGUGGCCCCGUGGGUGAUGCGCCUUUGGGUAUUUGACCAUUUCAAAGAAGGACUGGGAAUCCCGGAAAGCGACGCAGACGACAAGGUAUGGUCCAGGUUCCGGAAGUGGCAGAAAGCUCUUCAAGAGCGGCCAAGUAUUCACGACACGACUAGCGAGACUGAGCAUUAUCUGCCAAUCUAUCAGCGGUACGCGGAUAAUACUGCGCAAAGCGAGCUAGCGAAGGCGACACGAAAGGGUAGAGGGGUGCCGUGA